CUAGAUGUGCUGAUAACACUGCAUUGGCUGUUCGUGCUCUGUUUGGGAUAUCCCUAAGAAUCCUUCAUCGCCGGCGCCGAUUGACUAGAACAGGGAGUUAUGUCAGCUGGGGUGGUCUCGACUUGCUGCCUCCUGUCUUGUUCAAAGCCUUCUUCUCAAGUUCAUGGCUAUGUGAAUUUCCAUAACUCCACGUCAAGAUGGAGGCAGAACGGGACUGUAAUCAAAUGUUGUACAAAAAGGGCAUCGGAAAAGCCAGGAGCUCAACAGAAUUACUACGAGUUACUUGGAGUUUCUGUUGAGUCAAAUGCCCAGGAGAUCAAAGAAGCGUAUCGGAAGCUGCAAAAGAAAUAUCAUCCAGAUAUCACUGGCCAACAGGGUCAUCAGUACACAUUGUUGCUGAAUAAGGCUUAUGAAGUGUUGAUGUCAGAGGAUCAAAGAAGGAAGUAUGAUGAAUCCAUCGGUCAGAUGAGACUGAGAUUUGCGGAAAACAACUCUCCCUUGGGUUACAGUACAUGGAAAGGGCCUUUGAGGCCACAUGCCUUAUUUGUAGACGAGAAUGCAUGUAUAGGAUGUGGAGAGUGUGCGCAUUUUGCAAGCAACACAUUCAUUAUGGACGAAGCUCUUGGAUCUGCGCGGGUAAAAGUCCAAUACGGAGAUGAUGACCAAAGUAUUGAGGUGUCGGUUGAGUCAUGCCCAGUCAACUGCAUCCACUGGGUGGACACAGAAGAGUUGCCAGUGCUAGAGUUCCUGAUUCAGCCGCAACCGAAGAAAGGGUAUGGUGUAUUUGGAGGAGGUUGGGAAAGGCCUGCAAAUGUCUUCAGUGCAGCUAAGGCUUUCAAUAAACAGCUAACGAGAAAGGAAGCAGCUGGCUAUGGUCAUAGCUCAGGUGAAACGACUGUAGAGGAAAGCCCGGCACAAGCUCAAGCUCGAGCCCAAGCAAGUAUGGAGAUAAAUAUGGGGGUUUUCUUUAAACUAUGGACGUGGUUGAAGGAAACAUUUAGCAUAAAUGAUCCAUAGAGAUGAAUUACCUUUGAGUCUCAUGAGAGAAAUGUGAAAAGUCUCGAACAGAAAAUGGAUGUAAAUAACAUAAAAGGAAAUCUGGUGGCGAUGUUGGUUAUUAUACAAUCUCAACCA